GAGCAUACGUCGUAUCAGUACGCAGCCCGCAGCACACGACAUGUGAAUCGGGAUUAGCAGCGACAUAUAACCCCACUAUACAGAUUCGGUUUGUUUGGGUUCGAAGUUUGAACAUAAGUCAGGAAGCCGACAUCAUAUAGUUAGACUUUUUACAAUAGAGUCAGCUAUGGCUUCAAACGAUGGAAUUCCGACGCCAGCGGUUACUGGUUUUCCACCAGCACCACCCACGUUUGUGCCACCUUUGAUGCCAGCAACUCCAUUCAUACCACCCCCUAAUUUACCACCAGGUCCACCAGGAAUGAUGCCUCCACAGUUUUCUAUUCCGCCUCCAGGGUUUGGAUUUCCAAUGGCACCAACUGAUCCUAGUGUCAUGGCUGUGCCUCCAAUUAUUACAACUGCUAUAGGUGGACCUCCUCCAGCUCCAGCAGCUGCUGAUCUAGCAAUAAAUCCAUUAUCCGAAAAAAAAUCUGAUUGGACUGAACAUAAAGCACCUGAUUCUCGCACCUAUUAUUAUAAUACGGUAACAAAACAAUCAAUGUGGGAAAAACCAGAUGAGUUGAAAACACCAAGUGAAUUACUGUUAUCACAAUGUUUAUGGAAAGAGUACAAAUCAGAAAAUGGAAAAGUUUAUUAUCACAAUGUUGCCACAAAAGAAUCUAGAUGGAUCAUUCCACCUGAAUUAGAAGAAUUAAAAAAUAAGAUAAUAGCAGAAGAAGCUGCUGCUGCUGCCGCUGCUGCUGUCGCUAGUGCUACCAAUACCGGAGGAAUGGCUCUGCAUCAUAUGCCCUCAAAUUUAGGUGUUAUGUCUCAAACAAAUUCAGAAUCUAUGGGAAAAUCGGCAAUUGAACAGGCUAUGGCAGCUACUCUUGCUGCUAUAAAUAUUCCCACACCACCUGCCAAAAAUGAUGAUGAUAGUAAUUCUAAAGACUCAGCAGGUGGUAGUAGAAAUAGUACACCUGAGCCAAAACUGCCUUUUAAAGAUAAGAAAGAAGCUAUAGAAGCAUUUAAAGAUUUGCUACGAGAAAGAGAUGUUCCUUCAAAUGCAACUUGGGAACAGGCAGUGAAAAUAAUUCAAACCGACCCUAGGUAUCCAUCAAUGAAAAAAUUAAAUGAGAGAAAACAAGCUUUUAAUGCUUAUAAAACACAAAAAUUGAAAGAUGAAAGAGACCAAGAAAGACUACGCUUAAAAAAAGCUAAAGAAGAUUUAGAAAAAUUUUUACUAGAAAACGAAAGGAUGACUAGUACAACUAAAUACUACAAAUGUGAAGAAAUGUAUGGUACUCUAGAAAUUUGGCGAGCUGUGGGAGAUCAAGAUCGCAGAGAUAUUUAUGAAGAUGUAAUUUUUAAUUUGGCUAAACGAGAAAAAGAAGAAGCAAAACAGUUGAAAAAACGAAAUACAAAAAGACUUGCUCAAGUUUUAGAUAUUAUGACAGAAGUUACAUAUAAAACUACUUGGCAAGAAGCACAAGCUUUAUUAUUACAGCAACCAGCUUUUGCUGAAGAUGCAGAUUUAUUGCAAAUGGACAAAGAAGAUGCCUUACUAGUUUUUGAAAGUCACAUUCGUCAACUUGAAAGGGAUGAGGACGAAGAAAAGGAUCGGGAAAAGAAACGAAGAAAGCGUCAAGAAAGGAAAAAUAGAGAUGGUUUCAUUAGUUUAUUAGAUGAAUUACAUGAACAAGGCAAACUUACUUCAAUGUCUUUAUGGGUGGAAUUGUAUCCUAUGCUAUCGGCAGAUCUUAGAUUUUCAGUGAUGCUUGGUCAAUCUGGAUCUACUCCCUUAGACUUAUUCAAAUUUUAUGUUGAAGAUUUAAAAUCUCGAUUUAAUGACGAAAGGAAAAUAAUUAGAGAAAUUUUGAAAGAGAAAAACUUUGAAGUGCAAGUGAACACAACAUUUGAAGAAUUUGCCACAGUUGUUUGUGAAGAUAGGAAAUCAGCAACGUUAGAUGCUGGAAAUGUCAAAUUGACUUUCAAUUUAUUAUUGGAAAAGGCUGAAGCUCGGGAAAAAGAACGUGUUAAAGAAGAAACACGAAAGUUUAAAAAACUAGAAGGUGGAUUCAAAAAUUUAUUGAAAACUUUAGAUGUUAAUCACCUGGUAUCAUGGGAUGAAAUUCGGAAAAAAAUAGAAGAAGAACCAGAUUUCAAAGCUAUAACUCUUGAAAGUGAACGUGUUAGGAUUUUUAAAGAAUAUCAGCAUGAAAUUGAAGAGAGUUGUAGUCAUCAUCAUAUAAGAAGCAAAAAGAAAAAAUCCAAAAAGCCUAAAAGAAGAUCACGCUCAAAAUCACACAGUGAUUCCGAUGAAAGUAAGAAAGAAGCGAAGAAAAAGAACCAUCGAUCUAGGUCACCUAGUAUUGCUACCAAGUCAGAUAGUUCUGAAUCUGAGCUUAGAAAAGUUAAGAAAAAGAAAAGCAAAAAGAAGAGAGCUCGAAGUCCUUCACAAAUGUCAUCUGACGAGUCAUGCGAUAGAAGAAGGAGAGGUAGUAUUAGUGAAAAUGUUCACCAAGAGCUUUCUGAAGAUGAAUUAGAAAAGCAGCGCGCAAAAUUAUUACGAGAACUUCAAAUGCAGCAAGAAGAUAAUUAGAUAAAGGUCAAUAAUUUCAAGUUAUAAUAUAUAAUAUUAUAUAAACACAUUUUAUCAUAUAAGAUUUGAUUUAAACUGUUGCGAUUUACAGUUAACUAACAAGUUAACAAAUUUGAAUACAGUUAGUAAACAUGAUUUUUAUGAAUUACAAUUAAAUAUUUAUGUACAUAAUAGUUUAGCAACAUAACUUUAAUUAUGA